CAGACCCGCCCUCUAUCCGCCAUUUUUUUUGUUGUCUCGGACUCAAUCAGGCUGGAGGUGUGGAGCCGAGUAUAAACAAGGGAAAGAAAAAUACUAGUGAGACCUUAUUAUUGAAACAAAUCAGAGGACAGAAAUAUACUCAAGAAAUUCUACUGUUUUGGGACUCUAUAUGCAUGCAGGGGAACCGAGACACUCUUGUGAUUUCAUUUUGUGUGGAGACGUGUUGCAGGCCGCCAUUUUUGUUACUGCCUCAAAAGUCAAGAAAAGGAUCGAACAUAUAUAUUUCGUGCCUUACAGUUAGACCAAGAAGAUACAAAGUAACAAUUUGGGCUCCGGCGCACAGCUAUUUGCAACAUUGUAUCGACAUGGAGACUCGUUUAAUCAAGUAAAGUACAUUUUUAUCAAAUAUGUCAUCUGCACGGUUCGAUCCAUCGGACCGGUCCAGUUGGUAUUUUGGGCCGGUGUCAAGACAGGAGGCGCAGAAUAGAUUACAAGGACAGAGGCAUGGCAUGUUUUUGGUUCGGGAUUCCUCGACCUGCCCUGGCGACUAUGUGCUGUCAGUAUCUGAAAAUUCCAAAGUGUCCCACUAUAUCAUCAACUCCUUGCCAUGCAUGAGGUUUAAAAUCGGCGAUCAAGAAUUCGAUCACCUCCCAGCACUUUUGGAUUUCUAUAAAAUCCACUACCUGGAUACGACUACACUGAUAGAACCUGCCCCCAGGUACCCAAACACAGCUAUAGGCACCAGCCCCAUUCAGACGAUGGGCGGCCCAGAAGACAACCUGGAGUAUGUGCGGACUCUGUACGACUUCACGGGCAGCGAUGCUGAGGACCUGCCCUUUAAGAAGGGGGAGAUCCUGAUCAUCCUGGAGAAGCCUGAGGAGCAGUGGUGGAGUGCCAAGAGCAAGGAGGGCCGCAUGGGCAUGAUCCCUGUGCCCUAUGUGGAGAAGCUGGUGCGACCCUCCCCUCAUCCUGGCCAGCCUCCUCACGGCUCCCGCAACUCCAACAGCUAUGGCAUCCCCGAGCCGGCCCACGCUUACGCUCAGCCUCAGACCCCCUCGCCCCUUCCUCCUGGCACCCCCGGAGCGGUCAUCACCCCCCUGCCCUCCAUGCAGAACGGGCCAGUCAUGGCUAAGGCCAUCCAGAAACGAGUGCCUUGUGCCUAUGACAAGACGGCCCUGGCUCUAGAGGUGGGUGAUAUAGUCAAAGUGACGAGGAUGAACAUCAGCGGUCAGUGGGAGGGAGAGGUGAAUGGCCGGAGGGGUCUCUUCCCCUUCACCCAUGUCAAAAUAAUGGACCCCCAGAAUCCGGAUGAGAGUGAAUGACCUGGACCCCAACCAACCCUCCCUCCCCACAGUGACACUCAAACCUGCUGGCUGUCUCCACCCCGCCUGCCAGUGUCACCACGAUUAUGUGCUUGCCUGCUUGGGGCUGUGCCACAGCGGUCUCUGUUAUCGUCACUCCAACCAUUGUGCGGCUUUCUGACUGUUUACAGCUCUAGACUCAACUGAACUCCCCCAUCCCCUACCUGGUUACAGGCUCGUCAGUGUUUUUUGCCUUUGUCUUUUCAUUUUCAGACCAUCGGUUGGUUGUGUUUGUUGCCAUGGCUCCCAUGACGCCACGUCUUACCUGGUCAUUUUUUAUUUGAUCUUGGUUACAUUUGAAUACUUAGGGAUUUUUUGAGAGCUUGCUUGGACUGUGUGUUGUGGAUGGGAGGAGGUUAAUGUGAAAAAGAAGAGAGGUGACUGAACAUCACAUGGACUGACUGAGAGCAAAGUCAUAAAGGGCUCCAAGUGGGGCCUGAGGAUAGAACCAGACAGUUAACUGUGUCUCUCUCCAAACAAUCAUUCACUGUUGGUACCUUAGCCACGUACACACACACAGAUUGACCAUUACUUGUGUGUGUGUGUGUGUGUGUGUGUGUGUGUGUGUGUGUGUGUGUGUGUGUGUGUGUGUGUGUGUGUGUGUGUGGUGGUUUUGUGGAUCAGUCUCUUGACUGACACAAGCUGAGCUGACUUGGGCAGGAGGACAAGGCAGAGGCUGACAGGGGAGUUCAAGCUCACAUGGAUUCUGCCUUGUGGAAUAGCCCAUAGCCUCAGUGACACAGACCUAGUUGACAGUUCCGUUAUUUAUGAUUUCCCCAGACUACAUGUGAAAUGGCCAAAUGUGAAGACAUAUUUUGUUUAAUUUGUGCCAUAAAUUCAGGAGUGCUGAGCGAGGCGUUUGUCGUAGUAUAGGUGCAUGACUGUGACCAGGCUAUAGCCAAUGUUGUAAGAGGACUUAUAAAUGCUGUUGAGGGGUAAGGGCUUUUCUAUGAGACGGAUGCCUCAUGCAUCCAAUGAUAUGGGUCACAGGAGGUGGGCAAAGGUUGCAGCCAGCCAAUGACAACCCAUCAAUGCCUUUCACUGAAAAAUGCAACUUUAGUACAAGCAAUCCUUCCCUGUUUCCCCCCAGGUUCCCUAAGGUGGUGAUUGGUUACACCCCUGACUCAUCUCUAGCCAGUGUUGACUGUCAAGCACAGGACAUGAGAAGAGAACUUGGUUGUCUUUGGUUAUGUCUGACUGACAUUGUGAUGCCAGAGCUGUCCUGCUCUCUGGUCUUGGUGUGAGUGUGCUGAUAAAGAGCUUCAUUAGAUCUCUGCUGUAAAGAAGACUUACCCUUCCCCUAGUGCUUGCCCAUCAAUCCCCCUGAGCUUUUUCAUUGGGUAGAGUAAUACCAUUGUACAACUAUCAAUCAUGUCCUGACUGUAGUGUUUUUUGUUAGCCAACUGUUGAGUUGAGCAUUUAAUAUUUGUUUUAAUAACCUUGUAAACAAUUAGACUGAAGGUUACUUUUUUUAAAGGGAAAAAAAUGCCUGCUGGUGGCCUCUGUGCAUGACCUCUUGGCCUCUCCCAGGUCAAAUGCUGCUUUGUCUCAUUGAAAAUGUUCUCAUUAAAAUAUGAAUUAGACUUGUUUUUAUGGCAUCUGUGGAAUCAAUCCAUUCAAAUGUAGUUUGGUUUUCCUUGUGCAACCUCCAUAUUAAACCCUCUGAUUAAGCAAUACACCAAUUUUAAUUUACGUUUUAGUUGGGUAAACAUAUUUUUAUCAACGUGCUUUGUAAAGGCAUUAACAGUAUUACUGUUUUUUCCCUCAUGUUUUAGAGUGCCUCCGUGUUAUCGUCUUAAUUCAAAAUAAAAAAUUGUGCCUUUUUAUUUUCUUAUACCAUUUACAUGUGUUAAUAUUUCCCAUGGUUAACACCUGUCCUGGUAUGGCCCUUUAUGUACAGAACAAGUAAAUAAAAUUAAUGUCUACUUCUUUAA